AUGAAGUCCUCAAUCGUGGAAAGCAUCAUCAAGAAAAUAUGCAAUAUUUCUUUAAGCUCUAUCAACAAUAGCACUCACGAAGAGAAAGUUGUCAUGCUCAGUGAUAUAGAGAAAAAAUUAAAAGCUUCAGCUUUGGCAUUAGGUAGCGACGGUCGUAUGUAUACGAAAAUUAUUAUGCAUAGUCUAAAGUACAUGUUGUUUAAUGACAGCAAAGAACAUGAAGAUGUAACAGUUGUAGACCAAGAUUUACCUACAACAACUGUUGUAGCUAUUCGCAGAAAAAACUACGAUAUAGUCACCACACACAGUACAAAAACUACAGAAAAAAGGGACAAAGGAAAAAUAAUUCAGAGCAUAGUCAGUGGAGUACAGUCUUUGGCUCAGAAAUUAGCGAAAGAGAACAAUUUAAGUAAAGAUAUGAAAUCACUUAUUGAUCAUCUAAAGAAGACUAUAAAAAAUCUUUUGAAAAAAAAGAAAAAAGGCGGGAAACCAUUAAAUGAAAAUUUGUAUACGGACAUAAUAGCUGCCGGUGUUGAUUUGAUGAUUAAAAAUAACUCGAAACAAACAUUUUUAGAGGAAACCAGAAGGAAUAAUAAAGAUGUCAAAGACAGUGCUGAGAUUAAAAGUGAUAUAAAAAGAAAGAAUUUUCUACUUAGAAAUACAACUCCGUUCACAAAACCACGGAAAGUGAACACAAAAUGUAAAUAUGCUAUUGACAAGGCAUGUUCCGAUAUUAGAUCUAUGCAGAAUUACAUUUGUCGUUACGAUAAAGCUGAAAUACCUCUAGAUAGAUUAUGUAAUCGUAUUAAUGACUGCCUAGAUAAAUCAGAUGAAAAAAAUUGUGUCAAAACAGCCGUAGAAAGGAUUAAAGGAACCGGCGAUAUCAUAAACAGCCUAGAAAUAUCUAUAUCCAAUAAGUGUAUCUCAUCGGACAUAAGCAGUUCAAUAUUUACAACGCAAAAUCAAAUCUUACAUAACGUUCUGAAGUCACAUUUGAUUUUUUUUAAAAGCGAUACUUCUAGUUGGCCCAAAUAUGACUCAGACUUCAAUAACGAUACGGUACGGAAAAUAUCGAACGAGGCCGCUUUAGUAGUGAGUUCGCUAGUUAUGGCCAUAGAGGGUUCAUUGUGUGCGCGCAGAUUUGGACUAAGCAACAUCGAUGAGAUUGCCAUACGACAUAGUGACGAUUCUGACCCAGACGAAGCGUUAGACGAAGUUCUAAAAACAGCAUCCUGGUCGCCUAACAGCUGCGUCUGCAACGGGCCGGUGUGCCGACAUAACGAUUGCCCUGCGCUAUGUAAACGUCUUUGCUGGCAGAGAUACAGUCUGAAGAGAUGGACUUGUCACGCAAUAGACGAGGGCCCUAGUAUCCCUCUAGAUUAUUUAUGUGAUGGCAAAUAUGACUGUUAUGAUGAAACCGAUGAGUUGGAUUGUUCUACAGGAGAAUACUACGGUAAAUUCGACAGCAGUGUAAUAUACAAAAACAUACUCAAAAACAUAGGGAUAAAGACGAAAUCAAAAAAAUACGGAUUCGUUCUAACCGAACUACUCACACUUCAUGAAACCGUCGCAUUACUACAGAAACUCGGUCUCGAAAGUAAUUUGGAAACGAUGAACGUUAAAAUUGUACGGGACCAAUGCUUUUCGACGAUCGCAGACAUAUACGAGAGGUCUACGUUGAUGGUCACCAAUAUCGUACAACUGAACGAGAUUUACGAUUAUCUGAUGACACUAAACCGAAUACUGGUUGACGCUAUGAAGCGAUCUCGAACGGGAAACGAAAGGAUAAUUCCUACGGAAGGUUGCAUGUGUAAAGGAACUCGUUGCGUAUUACUAAGAUGCUCAGAAUCAUGUAAAAGAACAUGCACUGUUCAACAUAAGUUCACCAAAUACAGCUGUAACAGAAAGAUGAAUCAAUUUAUACCUGUUGAAAAAGUGUGCGACGGAUUGCCGGAUUGUCCGGAUGAUGAAGAUGAAAAUGAUUGUCAAAAAGAAGUUUGUCGGAUCCAUCAUUUAGUACUUCUUCGUCACAAUAUUCAGAGCGUGGGCCACAAACAGAGAGGGACAGCGCUAGGCGAAGCUCUUGAUGCUUGGAAAACAAAGGUAACAAACGCCCUGUUAAUAACAGAACGAAAUGGGAGACCUAAUCGGAAAACUCUCGAAGAUGUCGUAGCCAACAUGCUCCAAGAUCUGCUCAAGACGUAUGCGACGCUCGAGAAUUACAGACGCGGAGCAACCAAUAAUAACUUGAAAGAGUUCGUUAAUAUCUCACAGCAAUUAAUAAAAAUUUUGAAAUCUUGUUGGAAUUAAAAAUACAAUUCAAA